GCUUUAUUUUCUGCUAAUUGUUGUAGAUCAGGUCUCUGUGUUGGGCCUCCUGUUGUUUCUGUUUUCUUGGCUCCAUCUUCAGUAGAUCUGGAGCUGCAUGUCUCACUUUACACCAUAAUACUGCAACAUGAUUGGCUGUCCAAUGAUGGGACGCCUCUUGAUUGACUGCGGCUGGGAACAAGAUGUAUUGUCAGGUGUUUCUCUAUGCACACAUCCUGCGAGAAUUAAGCUAACCCAAAUUCAUUCCAUCAGAACCUUUGGGAAAACUUUGAACCUUGCAGUAUUUCAAAUAUAUUUUUUCUGUAUGAAUGGCUCUAAACUCUGUGUUUUCCUUUCUUCUGUUGUGUUUUCUUCUGAGGUUCUCUGGCCUCUACAGACUCUGGAACUGUGAUGUUCUGCUUUCUUCUCAGUGCUUCAGUCUGAGAAAGUGGAGAUCAGAGAUGGGGUGAAGUCUGUCCUGCUGCCCCUAAAAGCCAACAGAACCUUUCCCCAGGAUGUCAUAGUGGAAUGGACCCGUUCUGACCAGAACAUCAGAGUCCACGUGUUUGAGAACGGCCAGACCCAGCCUGAGAAACAAGAGAACAUCUAUGAAGGCAGAACAAAGAUGAGAGCAGAACCUCUGACUACAGGAGACCUCAGUCUGACUCUAAAAAGCCCCCAGCUGGAGGACAACGGGGUCUAUAAAUGUGUCGUCUACAGAGGAGGAGACCUGCUGCUGAAGAAAACGGUGACCCUGAAGGUCAAAGAGAGCCUGAUGGAGGAGGUGGAGGUAUCAAAAGGAGAAGACGUUGUCCGGCUGCCUUUUAAAACAUUAGAUGACCUUCCUGAAGAUGCAGAAGUUGUGUGGAGCCACUCUAACAAAACCGACAAAGUACAUGAGUACCAGAACGGUCAGGACCAGUUAGAGAGACAGAACCCAGAGUACCAGGACCGGACAGCCAUGAAUCCUGAUGCUCUGCAGACUGGAGAACCUGACCCUCACUAUAAGUGAUCCCAGACUGGAAGACAGCGGCAUCUAUAUCUGUAUCGUCUACAGUAGUGAUGGGAAAAUACUGAGACGGAAGAUAGUGACACUAACUGUGAGAGUCUAUAAGGUGGAAAAGGUUUCUGUUGACGAGGGAAAGAGGUCCGUCGUUCUUCCCUUUCAUGCAACACGUCGCCUCCUCUCUGAGGACAUCACUGUGGAGUGGAGACUCUCAGAUGUAGAAGACAUUAUGGUCUACAAAUAUCAGAGAGGCCGUCACAUGCCAGCAGAGGAUCAGGUUUAUGGAGGCCACACAGAGAUGAAUGAAGAUCCAUUAACCACUGGAGACCUCAGUCUGACCAUCAGGGACCUCCGUCUGACUGACGGUGUUUAUACCUGCACCAUCUAUGAUGAGAAUGGAGAGAGGCUGCAGCAGAAGGUGGUGGUCCUCAUAGUCAGAGGUUUACAGAUAGUGGAGGUAACAAAGGGGGAAUCAUCUGUGAAACUUCCCUUCCAAAUUCAACGUUUGGAGAAUAAAGACAUCAGAGUGGAGUGGACCCAACCCGACUCAAAGGUCAUCACCUUUGAGAACGGAGAACUUCAGGUGGCCAAAAAGAGAAUCUUUCAUAGAAGUAGCAUAGAGAUAAAUAAAGAUCUACUGAGUUCUGGAGACCUCAGCCUGAUCCUGAAGCGUCCUGGUUAUAAGGACAGUGGCCUCUACAAAUGUACCGUCUACAGUGGCCAGAAGAUCCAGCACCAGAAAAUGGUGAUGCUCAGGGUAAAAGAGCCUUUGGAGGGCAGCUUCAUAGAUAGACUCAGGUCACUGAAGAGGAGCAGGACAUCGGAUAUUUCAUCCCAAGAGAACGUUCCACUGAACUCCAGCUUAAACGCUUCAUUUAAUCCAGCCUGAAUUCUGGAUUAACCCUUUGAAAGAUGGAUUAUAAUCUGUUACUGAAAGAUGUUCAUCUCAGACUGAUUCAGAACCUGCUUGGACUGUGGACACUGAGAACGUAUCAGCUUCAGUUUUAAUCUGUGGUAUCAGAGGUUUGUGACUGAAAUAGUCACAUCUAAACCCUCUAGAACAAACCAACCAACUGUUCAUCCUCCUCCUAUGCUUCAACCUCCAAGAGGAUGGAACCAAGAACCCUCUGGCCUCAGCAGAAGACUGAUCCAGGUCUUAACAUACAGGAGACUUCCUCCUCAGAGCCCCUACCCAGCAUGCUGACUCCAGGUCAUUAGUUACGGAGAGUAAAUGUCUUUAGUGGUCAGUAUAUUCAAAAGCCCUUUACAUUCAGUCCUUCCUAAAUGUCUGGAUUCUCUCUGUUAUAUGUUUCUAUAAGCAACUGGCUAGAUCAAGUGGUAAGUCACCCAUCAUGCACACAGGAAGCCCCGGUUCAUAUCCCAACGGGGGGGAAUGAGUUGCCAGUGUGGGUCCUUAGGCAAGACCCUUCAUGCUAAUGCCUGCUUUGUAAGUCACUUUGGAUAAAAGCAUCUGCUAAAUAAAUAAACACUA